CGAGAUUACACCUUCACUUGAGUCUGUCUUUUCCUCUCGUGACACAUCAAAGGCGGGCGGACUCGAGAACAAGAUCACCUCAUUUCCCUUCAUUGUGCUGCGAAGCCCAAAACAAAAAGCCAGCCUCACGCUAGUGCUGAUCAACGUCACGAACCAAUGGCCGCAACUCUCUCCGUCCGGCCCAACCGUGCCAUCGUCGACCGGGCUCAGUCCGGUCUAUGCAGGCCUCGGCCGCCGGCUCACCACGCGGCUCGGAUGCCGGGGACGGCCAAGAGCAACAACGGCUGGUGGGGCGCGGUGCUCUUUUCUCCCCGGCGCCCGUUAGCGAGGACCGCCAUGGCCUCCGCCGGCGGCUCGAGAGCUGACGACUCGUCGGCACCGUUCGAGAUGUCGGUGGAGAAUGCUCUGAAGCUACUCGGAGUCUCUGAAGGGGCUUCCUUCGACGAUAUACUUAGCGCCAAGAACUCUAUACUGGCCAACUGUAAAGACGACCAGGAGGCCGUUGCGCAGGUAGAGGCUGCAUAUGACAUGUUGCUUAUGCAGAGUUUAACACAGCGGCGAGCAGGAAAAGUUGUAAAUAGUGGCAUACGCUAUGCUGAUGUUAAACCAAUAAAUCCUCGUGGGUUGGGACCAAUGCCUCAAUGGAUGCAAGCUGCGGUUAAGAAUUCACCCAUUUCACUUGAAACACCACCAACUGGUAACUUGGGCAUACAAGCAGGUGUAUAUGGAGCUUUAAUGGUCUUAACUUAUGUCAACGGUACAUUUCCAUCUACUGGAAGGCUAUAUACAGGGGCUGACGUUCCUGGACUGAUUUUAGCGACAAGUUUUGGAGCAUCAUUAUACUUUAUGACUAAAAAGAAUGUUAAGUUGGGGAAGGCUACUGUAAUAACUGUUGGGGGGCUUGUUGCUGGUGCAGUGGUGGGAUCAGCUGUUGAAAACUGGUUGCAAGUGGACAUAGUCCCUUUUCUUGGUCUACAUUCCCCAGCUGCUGUAGUAAGCGAAUUCAUAGUUUUCUCUCAGUUCUUGGUCUCUAUGUACUUAAGGUAGGGUUAGUAGAAGAUCAUAGUGCAGACUUAAAGAUAGGAACUGUAAUUAUUUUCUUAUUUGCAUGAUCAUACCCGUUAUUUUUUCUAGGAUGUGUAUCAUCGCUUAUUGUACAAAUGGAAUGUAGUUGAACCAAAUUGGUCAAUAAAUUUGCUACAAGUGCUCCAA